AUGUCCUCCCAAGACGGCGACGUAUCCGCCGCCCUCCACAACUACUUCUCCCCCAACGCCCCCCUCGAACCCGAUGUCCUCGCCGAGCUCCAGUCCCUCCUGCGCCUGCACGGCGUCUCCGCCGAGGACCUCUUCUACAAAUGGGAGUCGUACUGCAUGCGCUUAGAAACGGAGGCCAACGUAGUAACCCUAGCGGCGCUUAAGGGCUUCAAGCAGAGCACGCUGGAUGAUUUGGAGAAGGAUAACCAGGCCAAGGCGACGGCGGAUCGGAGGAUCGGAGCGACGCCGAGGAGUAUUGCAAAGGGUGGCGGGGAUGUGUUUUCCAUGCUCGAUGGGUUGGUACCGGGCACUCCUGCUACUGCGCGCAAGGCAACAGGUAGCCUGAGGAAGAAGACGUUCGAGACCCCGUCCAUGAACCGAGUUCGAUCAAACGCUCCCGGAAGCUCACCAGACUUCAAGACGCCGAGUCGCGCUGCAGCAGAUAAUCUCGGCACCCCAGCACCCGUCAACUUCAACGACCGACCCAACGCAGGAGAAGUCAUCGAAGUCCUCAACGACAACCUCAAAAUCCCCGACCCCCCCUUCGCCCCCUACCCCGAACCCCGCGUCCGUCUCAACGCCUUCCCCGAUGCCAAGAAGAUCGACUACAAGCCGCUCGCCAUGAAGCUCUCCGAAGCCUCUGAAGCCCUCGACAAGCGGAUAAAGAGCUUCAUGCAAGAACUCGUCAAGGAAAGAGGAAUCGAUGAGUCCGAAUUCGGCAGCGCCGCGGCGAAGAGCACCUCCCGCAUCGUAGCAGUAGGCCGUAUCGCAUCCGAUUCCUCUGAAGGAAAACUCAACCCCGCCAGCCUCCUCCUCGAGACCUCGAUGGAAAUUGGCAACGGCCGGAGAAUCCCCUUAAACAUGAAGAAGCUCAAGGGAUACAGCGUCUUCCCGGGCCAAAUCGUCGCCCUAAAGGGAUCAAACGCCUCAGGCCACGAAUUCAUCGUCGACGAAGUCAUCAAGCUCCCGCUCCUCCAAAACGGAGCUUCCUCCCCCGCAGACCUCGAAAUCCAUAAGCAGCGUCUCCGCGGGGACCCCAACGCCAUGGACACCGACGCCGAUCCGGCGCCGCUCAAUAUCAUGUUCGCCUCGGGGCCGUAUACACCCGACGAUAACCUCGACUACGAGGCGCUGCACGCCAUCUGCGACAAGGCCGCCAACACGUACGCCGAUGCGCUAAUCCUCACGGGACCUUUCCUCGAUGUCGAACAUCCCCUCAUCGCGUCGGGCGACUUCGACCUCCCCGAGGACGCCAGUUACGACCCGGACACGGCGACCAUGACCACCGUGUUCCGCCACCUCGUCUCCCCCGCCUUCAACACACUGACCCAGCUGAACCCCGCCAUCACCAUCAUCCUCGUCCCCUCCGUCCGCGACAUCCUCGACAAGCACGUCUCCUGGCCUCAGGAGAACUUCCCCCGCAAAGACCUAGGUCUCCCCAAAUCCGUCAAAAUCAUACCUAACCCCCGUACUGUCUUCGUUAACGAGGUUAUCCUCGGCGUCUCGUCCCAGGAUAUCUUGUACGAACUGCGCCACGAGGAGCUUCUUGUCGGGAACGUUGCGCAGAGGGAUUCGGCGUCGAGGUUGAGCCAGUACCUUAUCGACCAGAGGCAUUAUUUCCCUUUGUUCCCACCCACUGAUCGGUCGAAGCUGCCUAGGACGGGGACGGAGGAAGGGAGAGCGCCCGGCGCCAUGUUGGAUACGAGGAAUUUAGAGCUUGGGGAGUUGCCUGCUCUGUUGCCUGAUGUCAUGGUUAUUCCUAGUGCACUCCACCCGUUUGCAAGGGUCGUCAACAGCGUCCUCGUCAUCAACCCAGGCUCCCUCUCCAAACGCCGUGGCGCGGGCACCUACGCCCGCAUGACUCUCUACCCCCGCAACAUUUCCCCCGAGGAAUCUGACUCCGACCUAGUCGCCCACAGGGUGUUCGAUAGAGCGAGGGUCGACGUCGUCAAGAUCUAG